AUGAAUGACAUUCUUUGUCGAAGUGAGACGGCGGAUGCAUCAUUUCGGCCCUCUGAUGUCUUUGUAGGACUUGACCCACCGCCUGUGCGAACUCCACUCCUCGGUGAAGUUGCCUCAAAUCACAAUUAUAUCCAUUCUGCUAAUUCUAUUGCUGCUGCUACUACUACUAAUACUAAUGAUAAUAAUAAUAAUAAUAAUGAUAAUGCGAUUCCUAUUGGUGUGGAUAGAGAUUGUCCCAUUUUUAAUACUUUUGGGGUGUUAUCUGGAGGUGUGCUUGUAGAUCCCAUUUCACAGAAAUUUGUGGAUUUUGUAGAUGAUAUAAUUUUUUCCCCUACUAUUUCUCAGAAAGAGAAAGAGAAUGAAAAUGAAGUUCAUUAUCAGACUCUUAAGUUUUCUAAGAUUCAAGCAGAGGGAGUACUUUUCCUUUGUUCAUCUAUUGAACCAUUUAAUGCAUCUGGAACUCAACGGACGCCUCUAUGUUGGCCACGAUCUCAUCUUAUGAAUUCAAAUGAUGCGGGAAGUUUGGCUCAGCGUAAUAUCCAGUAUAUUUUAUCUCAUUCCGUUUCUGAAAUGUCAUUGAAACAAGAAGAUUUGUUUACUGUGGAAUUCUUCCGUUGUCAUAUGAAGUGUUUGCGACCUCAAAUGACAUUUAUGACGGAAAGUACUCCUUUUCGUGUGCAAUACGGUGGGAAGAUAUUUCCACCAGAAGAAACGGAUAAUUCUAAUAAUAAUAAUAAUAAUAAUACUGCUGCUACUACUAGUCCUACUACUACUCCUAUAGAUACUACUACUAAUACUGUUAGUUUUACCACCGUUGAGGGUGAAGGUUCUCCGUAUUCGGAGUUUCAUUGCUUUACAGGUCUCCCAAAGAUGGCGUACAGGAAACACGAGGAAAAGAUUUGUCGAAUACCAGGAAAAAAAUACGCCCAGCGACUUGAAUUACGUUUGCAGAAUUUAUUACGACCCUUCCGUGGGGAUUUUUAUGUUGCGAACCGUCCAGAACGUACACGAUUUGCAACUGCACAUAAACGCGCAUGGUGGAUAUUUCUACGUUACUUUGAAUUUCUCCGUGUGUAUUCUCUGCCAACACCUGAUGUCUCUGGCCGCACGAUAUGGCAACUCCCGGCUAAUGAUGAUAACACAAGCGGCAAUCACCACUCUAGUAAUAAUAAUGGUAAUAGCGGUAGUGGUGGCAUGGGGUAUAUGGAUUCGCUGCGCAGCUUUGAGACCGCGCGGCUUAAUGGGCAAACGGCGAAAGUAAAUAUGUAUGCAACUGCAGAUGCGUGGGACUGGUUGCUGCGGAAUGAUCGUGAUCGGCUAAUGCGGCGUAUUCGGAGACUGCAAUAUGGUCUGAGGAAAAUUGAGGCGGAGAGAAACACUAGUAGUCAGGGAUAG